UACUGUUUUUAGCUUGUCCUGAAAUAAGAAUCUGUCCUGUUGUUUAGUGGUGCUUCGGACGCGAUCCCCGAGGAACAUAGGUUCUAUAAUCUACUAUUUCAAUUGAUUCUCUGUCGUUCUCUUCACUCAGCACUUUGUAGUGAUUGGUGUUAUCGUUUUAGUUUGAAAUUAGACCCAAUUUAGUGGGGAACGGCUAUAUGUUGUUCCGUGAAAAUUGACCCGAGGCCAAACCUCUACUCUUUAGAAGCUCUUCUCCGUAGUUCGGUUUUGAGUUUACGCACCUUCUGUCGCUUAAAGUACACAUUCAAAAAACACGAAAUCUAGUUUAUAUUAACCCACCCACCAACCAAAAAAAACACAAGCACAAUGUCCAUAAUAGGCAAUAAUAUCGAUUACCAGCAGAACGCUGACUUUGACCAGAACAUGGCAUCGCCCUCGCAGGCCAGUCCUUUGGCGGGAGCCGGCGCAGGAACCAUGUCCGGAGUGGCGGGAAUUCCGAACAGCACCGCCGGAAACAGCAGCAGUCAAAAAGCUUCGGCAGCGGCAGCAGCUGCUUCCGGUUCCAGUGGAGCAGCUCCCGACAUGGCAACACAAAUCCUCACCAAACCUCGUCUCCAGGAGCUGGUCAGGGAGAUUGACCCCACCGAACAGCUGGACGAGGAAGUAGAGGAGCUACUGCUGCAAAUCGCCGAUGACUUUGUCGAGAACACGGUCAACGCGGCUUGCCUGCUGGCCAAACAUCGGAAGGUGGCCAAGGUUGAGGUUCGCGACGUGCAACUGCAUUUAGAGCGAAAUUGGAACAUGUGGAUUCCAGGAUUCGGAACGGAUGAGUUGCGACCUUACAAACGAGCCACGGUGACUGAAGCCCAUAAGCAGCGUCUGGCGCUGAUACGGAAGGCAAUCAAAAAGUAUUAGAUUUAGUUUAUCGAGUUUCAUGUAGAAUCGCAUCAGACAUUACCCUCAAGAUCUACUAAAUAAUCUGGAAGUGUUCACCAUUGACAAACUUACACAUACAAAACAGCUACCAGAUGUUCUACCGAACUCCCGGCAAAAGAUUUGAAAUAAAUUACGGUUUUAUUCCAUUGCAGUAAAA